AUGGAUUUAUCGAACACUAGGGUCCGAGACAACCCAGGUGUGGAAAAUGGCGUGGUGUCUGGUGCGAUUGAUCAACGAUUGAUAGCUGAAUGUUGUACCAAGAGCAAACUAAUGAAAAGAGAUGCUCGUAGUAUGGCUCGUAGAUACAGCUGCACCUUUACAGUAAAUGGUAAAAAGGUGAUAUUCGAGAGAAAACAGCAAGAUCGAACCGCAAAUAGACAUUGGGCACAUAUUCUAGGAAGCCCUCAAGAAGUUGUAUCACCUGUGCUCCCGUCGCUCAGCAAACUUCAGUAA